AUUAGAUUGGUAAACAAUAGGUUAACUACAAAAUGGGGCAUUGUCUCGAUUUUCUGUGUCUCCUGGGAUCUUUUCUUCAUGCCUUUGCUCAAUGCACUGUCCUAGCCUCAGAGUUUCGACUGGAAGGAUAUUAUGUGAUAGGUGGACUGUUUGAUAUUCAUCAUGCCACUGAUCCUGUUCAUAAUGACAGACCAGAAGCCAUCAGCUGCUCCAGUCAGCCCUUCCUUCUCCCAAAUUACCGAAGGUUUCAGUUGAUGAGAUUCUCAGUGGAGGAAAUAAAUAAUUCUACCGAGCUACUGCCAAAUGUCUCUCUUGGCUAUGAAAUAUUUGACCACUGCUCAGAUACACAGAGUUUUCCAGGCAUUUUAAACCUCGUCUUGGCCAACGGCAUGAUUCAACCUUGGGGUGAACCACACAAAAAUCUGUCCAAAGUGUCCAAAGUCAUAGCAGUGGUUGGUCCUUUCACAAGCACUCAGGCCCUGACUGCGGCCCCACUGUUCAUGGCCGAUUUCAUUCCCAUGGUCAGUUAUGGAGCGUCUAGUUCAGUCUUUUCAACAAAAGCGCAAUUUCCAUCUUUCCUGCGAACAGUGCAUCCCAAUAAAGAGGUCAUAGAAGCGAUUGUUAGCAUCAUACAGCACUUCAGCUGGCGCUGGGUUGCUUUCCUUCACAUUGAAAAUGAUUUUGGCAUUGAUGGACGGAAUUUGUUCAUUAAGAGGAUUAAGGACACUGAGAUCUGCCUGGCGUACACCAAAAGCCUCAGGCAUGAUGCAGAUUACUCUCAAAUAUUCAAACUGAUAGAGGCACAGAGGAUACAUAUUAUUAUUAUUCUUGCUCCAAAAACGACUGCUGAAGCUGUCAUUGAGUCAGCAAUACAACUGAAUAUCACAAACAAGGUGUGGAUUGCAGAUGAUGGGUGGUCCCUAAACAAGAGGCUCCCCAAAACAAAAGGCAUCAAGAAUAUUGGAACUGUACUCGGGGUGUCUCAGCCAGUAAUUACAAUACCCAGAUUCAAUGAUUUUAUCAGUUCUUCAAAAAGCCAGACAGAGCCACAGCAAAGAAUGUUUUGUAAUCAGGUUUGCAACUGCAGUUCCCUGAGUACAGAAGCCAUCCUCACUGCGGACCCAUCUUUCUCUUUUCCUGUUUAUUCUGCUGUAUAUGCCAUCGCUCAUGCCUUACACAAUGUCUUGCAAUGUGGAUCUGGCAGAUGUAACGGGAAUAUUACAUUGUACCCACACAUGGUUCUAGCCAAGUUGAAGAAGUCCAAUUUUACACUUUUAAACCAGCAUAUUCAGUUUGAUGAGAAUGGUGACCCCAAAUUUGGAUCCUAUUCUAUUGUUUUCUGGAACCACAGCGGUGAUGCAGAGGAGAUCGGCUUUUAUCAUUUUUACCCAGGGGUCAAUUUUUUCAUCAACAGCAGCAAACUUCAGUGGUACACAAAGGGACAAGUGCCUACUUCACUGUGUUCCCAAGAAUGUCCUGUAGGACAUGCAAAAAAGCAAGAUGGGAUCCACAAAUGCUGCUUCAAUUGUGAAAUCUGUCCAAAUGGAACUUAUAUCAACAGCACAGAUCCCUCCACAUGCAUCCACUGUAAGGAGACAGAGUGGUCUGCAGAAGGAAGCACAUCAUGCAAUCUGCGGGUGGUGGAGUACAUCCCAUUCACAGACAGUGGAGCUAUAGUGAUCAUGGUGUUGGCCUGGGUCUUGGUGGGUCUCACAGCAGCCAUGUCUGUUCUCUUUGCCAUCAACUACAACACACCUAUUGUCAGAUCUGCUGGGGGACCAAUGUGCUUCUUAAUUUUAGGCUGCCUCAGUCUGUGUAGUAUCAGUGUGUUCUUUUACUUUGAUAAGCCAACAGCUUCCUUUUGUAUCUUGAGGUUUUUGCCAUUUCUUUUGUUCUACACUGUUUGUUUGGCAUGUUUUGUUGUGCGCUCCUUUCAAAUUGUUUGCAUUUUCAAAAUAGCUGCCAAAUUCCCCAAUCUGCACAGUUGGUGGAUGAAAUGUCAUGGCCAAUGGCUGGUCAUCACUGUGGCAUUUGGCAUUCAGGCACUCUUACUUCUUAUUAGCUAUUCCUUUAACCCACCCAAGCCCUACAAUGAAACUGUUUGGUACCACGACAAAAUAAUACUUAGUUGUGACUUUCAUCUUAAAACAUUUUCUGGUUCCAUCAUUUUACUUUCGUCUUUGUGCUCUCUUUGCUUCAUUUUCUCCUACAUGGGAAAAGAUCUCCCAAAAAAUUACAAUGAGGCCAAAGCAAUAACCUUCUGCCUGCUCCUGCUGAUCCUCACCUGGAUCAUCUUUGCCACUGCAGCCAUGCUUUACCGUGGAAAGUACAUCCAAACUCUUAACGCUCUGGCAGUACUCUCCAGUCUCUACUCCUUUCUGUUGUGGUACUUCCUCCCAAAAUGUUACAUCAUCAUAUUUCAACCCCACAAAAACACAAAGCAGUACUUCCAAGGUAUCAUUCAGGAUUAUACCAAAACACUGAGCCAGUAGAGGCUUCAGGUAAAUAUGUGGAUCUAUUUCUUGUAAUCUCGCCAUUUUAGCCUUCUAAAGCAUUUCACUGCUGUUCUUACUAUAACAUAUGACACAAUGAGCAGUCUUGACAUUUACUAAGAUAUAACAAUUUAAUAACAGGCACACAUUUCUGAAAUGUUCAAAAUGGGUGGCAACAUUUUCUAUAACUAUGAACAUUUUGAGUAGCAGUAAUUUUGCAGAGGAACUUUUGCCUUGCUCUGAUUUCAAUGUAAUUUGUAGUGAUAAUGCUCAUGAAAGAGAAGCUGUUCACUAACUGUGAUGGUUGCCAUUCAAAUAAUCCACUGAAUUACUUUUGCUAAAUUAAAAAACACUACUGAACUACUCAUCAGUUCAUGAAUACUACCAUGUCAGAAAUGUGUCUCACUUACACUUGAGAAAGAGCUGUUUUUUUUUAUG